CCAUUCCUUUUCAUUUGGCAACUUGCAUUUGAUUCCCCGAUUAUGAAUUUUAUAUAUUUCCGUUUUUGACCGUUACAUAAAUCAAGCCCGAGGGUAAUAUAGACAUUUCAAUUCACACACUCUCUCAGUAUCUUGAUCUUCCCACCAGCUGUAUGAGUUAAACUCCAUUCCUUAUUCAUCAUCACUAACUCACAUGGCCUUAACCAUAGUUAAUCCUCUUAAGCCCCACUUAAACCCAACACUAGUUAACUCCUUCCCUUUUAAAACACCCCCUCUAUUCUCUCUCCUCACUCCCCUGCCUUUUCUCUCUCAACUAUGGCUUCCGCCAAGACAACCACCGUAGUUUUCUCUGUUCUCGCCAUUUUCGCCGUCUCUUACGCCCAUAAUAUCACCGAGAUUCUCUCCUCCGACCCAUCUCUCUCCCAAUUCAGCUCCUUCCUCACCCAGACAAAGCUUGAUGAUGAAAUUAACUCCCGCCAAACUAUCACCGUCCUGGCCUUAGAUAACGCCGCAAUGGCCACCCUCACCGCCAAACACCCUAUCUCCGUCGUUAAAAACCUCCUUUCUCUUCAUAUCCUCUUGGACUACUAUGAUCCUAAGAAGCUCCACUCCAUCGACAACGGCACCGUGUUAACCACCACCCUCUACCAAACCACUGGCUCCGCCUCCUCCCAGGAAGGCUCGGUCAAUAUCACCGAUCUCAAAGGCGGGUCAGUCGGGUUCGGGUCUGGCGCACCGGGUUCAAAACUUGACUCCACCUACACGAAAUCCGUGAAACAAAUUCCUUACAACAUCUCAGUACUCGAAAUUAGUGCCCCGAUCAUUGCCCCCGCCCUCCUCACCGCCGCUUCAUCCGACGUGAACGUCACCGGAGUGCUGGAAAAGGCUGGGUGCAAGACAUUUGCGUCGCUAAUUUCGUCUAGCGGCGUUUUGAAAGUGUACCAAAGUCAAAUGGACAAAGGAAUCACUAUCUUCGCGCCGAAUGAUGAAGCUUUCAAGGCCAAGGGAGUUCCAGAUCUGACCAAAUUGAGCAAUGCGGAGAUCGUCUCUCUCCUCCAAUUCCACGCACUCAGCAGCUACUCUCCCAUCGGAACAUUAAAAACGACAAAAGGCUCGUUACCGACCCUAGCUUCAGGCGUCGGAAAGUACGAUCUCUCUCCUUCCGCGGCCGGCGACUCCGUUACACUUCACACUGGCGUGGAUUCUUCUAGAAUCGCUAGCACUCUACUCGAUGCAACUCCCGUCGUGAUUUACGCCGUCGACAAUGUUCUUUUACCGGUGGCGUUGUUCGGAAUGUCUCCAUCUCCAGCACCGUCUCCCGACAGUGACUCUCCAUCUCCUGCACCUGCGCCUGAAGCCGACUCUCCAUCGCCGGCGGGUACACCGAUGUCGUCUCCUCCUGCGCCUUCAUCGUCUGAGUCGCCAGCUGAUUCUCCAGCAGAUUCUCCGGCGGGAACCUCCGCCGAUGAGAACACGAAGAAUGGUGGUAAUGAGAGAAGAGUUCCCGCGAUGUUCAUUGCUGUUGGUUUGUCAGUGGUAUCCGGCGUAAUUUCGUUGGUACUGUAGGGGUAGAUUGUCUUUGAAAAUCUACUUCGUUAUUCCUCGGUUUGUUAAUUAAUGUUAUUAUUAAAGAAUUAAUAUUUUAGCGGUUUUUUUGUAAUUUAUUUAUUUGGGUUAAAUUAGAAUAGAAGAGUGAGAUUAAUUACGGAGUAGUAUGGUUUGGACUUGGGUUUGACUCAGAGAGAGACAUAUUCUAGUGUUCAUGAUACUGUGAUUAAUUAAUUUAUAAUUGGUGCGGUCUUGUGUUUC